GAAUAAUUAUUUAAUAAUAAUACGAAAUGUUUGUUACUAUAUGAGCGAGACGGAUAAGGAAGAAAUUAAUUAAAAAUUAUGUCAAUCAUCUUCUAUAAGAGCAAGGAAUAAUGAAUCAUUCUAAUUAUUCUCGUAAUUCAUCCGCUUUAUUUGUCAGUCGACAAGUAACGGUUGAAACAACAAAUGCUGGUGUAUCGCAUUAAAAAUCUCGUCUCACUUAAAAUAGAAAAAACGACAAGACUCUGAGCAGAAAAUAUGAGGUUGGUAAUCCUUUUUCGAUUCCUAUUCUCGCUAGUAAAUUGCUGCCAAGAUUUCUGGAACCAAUGGAAAAACUUCUCUUGUAAAGCGCCAAUAUACAAAUGUAAAUUAGGAGAAUUUCACAUUAUAGACGGUACAGAAAUUAUACAUCAUUGGAUGCUAAGAAUAAAUAAUUCUUGCAUAUCGACUGCCGAUAGGUGUUAUAUAUCAAAUAGACAUUCCUCUGUGGAAAUCUUCAAUAACUCGUUAUCUGUCACUUGCAGUGACAAACAAACCAUCGACAUUCGUUUAAUGCAUUGUUUAAACGCCAAAUACGUUAAACACUUAGCUUUUAUCGAUUGUUACUUGGCGAGAUUUGCCGUCGAAAGAUUCGCUUCGAGUUAUGCCAUCGAGAAAAUCGUCAUAAAAUACAAGAGUGAGACGUUUAGUUUCGAUAGUGAAUCAUUUAUAAAUAUGUCGUCUCUGAAAUAUUUAGAAAUUGAAGGAGUAAGAACUUUCGACGUAUUCAAUUUGAGUUUUCCCAGUGGUUCUUCUCUGAUUUCUUUGAAAAUUUCGAAAUAUAACUUUACGUCGUUUCUGAACAGACCGUUCCAACAAUUGAAGAAUCUUUCUGAAUUACGAGUGAACUUUGGUAAAUUAAAGACUUUACCAGAAGAGCUGUUUCAUGGUCUUUAUAAUUUGAAAACACUUGACUUAAGUUAUAACUUAAUUGAGUCCGUUCAUCCUUUAUUUUUUCAACAUCUCACUUUAUUGGAACAGUUGAAUUUGGAAGGAAACCCGAUAAAAAGUUUUCCUGAAGACUUGUUGAAAGGUCUUUCGAUAUUAAGGAAUUUUUCUAUUUCUGGAAAUUUCUCUGAAUUGCGCUCUGUAUUUUUGAAAGGACUCGACAAUCUGACAGAAUUUCGCGCUUCUUACUUUCCUUUACUUCGAAUCGAAGAUGAUUUUUUUUUCCAUUCCAUGAACUUAAGAAAGGUUGAUUUUUACUCCAACGAUGUGCUGCAUCUUCCAUCCAAUCUGCUAAAAAAUAAUAAAAAUCUGGAAGUUUUCGAAUAAAGUCGGAAUAAAUUAUCGACAAUACCAAAUGGUAUUUUCGAUGGACUUUAUAAACUCAAAAAAAUCAAUUUACACGAAAAUCGUCUAGAAAACAUUGCAGAAGAUACUUUCCAACGUUUGUCGAAUCUGGAAGAACUAGUUUUAUCAUCUAAUCGCUUGACAUUUUUACCUAAAAACAUCUUUCUUCCAACGAAGAACUUACGAAUUCUCUCUCUUUCUCAUAACAAUUUCAGUAAAAUUUCCUUCGACUUCAACAAUAAUCUCGAAGAACUGUAUUUGCGUGGAGCAGGUUUGACAGAAUGGCCGAAUUUAAAUUGGACAAACUACAAUUUGACUUAUAUUUAUGCUCCAUUCAACUAUUUCGAAAUUGUCAAAUUGCCGAUUUACACUCCAAACCGCAUGAAAAUCGAUUUGGAUUUUUGUCUCAUAAAAACCAUUUACAUCGAUGAAUGGAAGUACGGAUUCAACAAACCCAAUUACCAAUUAGGUCGAAACCCAAUAACUUGUGAUGGAGAACUUUUGCAUUUCGUCAGCACUGUUCAAUCGAAUUUAGAAAUUUCAUUACAAAUUUUUCCGGAUGUAAAAGACAUGAAAUGUCACGGAGAAGAAAGAAAAUUGCUGGAUUUUACGCAAUUCUUCUCCAUUAAAAGCCAUUGUCCACUAAACUGCGAAUGUUUCUCAGAAAACGACAACCUCGAAGUCGACUGUAAUGGAAAGGGAAUAAAGAAAUUACCCGAAUUUCUGAUCGAAAAUGCGACAAUCGUCGACUUGAGUAAUAAUUACAUAAGUGAUUUCUCGACUGUGGAUUCUCGAACGUGGAACAAAGUCACCCGUCUGCACCUGAGCAACAAUUCUCUUUUCCGUUUUUCGGAAUAUGUUCUUUUGCCAAACAUGAAAUUUCUUUGGUUAAACGGAAACCGAUUAACCGAAUUACCUUCCGGAUUAAUGAAUCUGAUCGACGUCUCUGCUGAAUUCACGGUGUACUUAUCGAGAAACAAUUGGACUUGUGAUUGCCAUUCGCGAUUUACUAAAGACUGGUUGCUUCGAAACAAAUUGAAAAUUGUAGAUUUUUCCGAGGUUUUAUGCACGAAAAAUUCGUCUGUUUUCUCUUUUACCAGUAUUGUUUUUAAUAGUGAAUGCAUGCAAAUCUCGUGUUUUGACGAAGCUAGUUGUACUUUUGGAUGGAAAAUCGCAGUUACUGUUCUUACUUCGCUAACCUUGUUAGGUUUAAUCACAGUUGUUGUGUUUGUUUAUUGUCAUAAGAAAAGAAAUGUCGAGAAAGUGGCAGAGCCAAAGGAAGAAAAAGUGAUUUAUUACAAUGUUGACAAUUUGUUUUUAGACAAACGAAAAUCAAUACUUGUAUAUCGAAUGCUGAUAGGUGCCAUAUAUCCAAUAAGCAUUCGUUUGUGGAAAUCUUCAACAAUUCGUUUAUCUCUAACUUGCAGCGACGAAGAAACCAUCGACCUUCGUUUAAUGCGUUGUUUAAAUGUUAAACACGUUAAAAAUUUAGAAUUUAUCGAUUGUUACUUGGAGAAAUUUGCAGUCGAAAAAUUCGCUUCGAAUUAUACCAUCGAAAAAAUCGUCAUAAAAUACACGUUAAAAUCCAAAUAUGAAAGGUUGAAAUUCGAACCUGAAAGGUUGAAUUUCGAAAGUGCAGCAUUUAUUAAUAUGUCGUCUCUGAAAUAUUUACAGAUUGAAGGCGUAAGAACUUUCGACAUAUUCAAUUUGAGUUUUUACAACGAUUCUUCUCUGAUUUUUUUGAAAAUCUGGAAUUAUAAUUUUACGCUGUUUCUGCACAGACCAUUCCAACAAUUAAAAAAUCUUUCUGAAUUACAAGUGAACUUUGGUAAAUUAAAGUCUUUGCCAGAAGAACUGUUUCAUGGUCUUUAUAAUUUGAAAACCCUGGAUUUAAUUUACAACAUAAUUGAAUUCGUUCAUCCUUUUGUCUUUCGACAUCUCAGUUUAUUGGAACAGUUAAAUUUGAGGGGAAACAAAAUAGAAAGUUUAUCUGAAGAACUCUUUCGUGGACUGAAUAAUCUGAAAUCCCUGGAUAUAAGAAACAACUUAAUUGAAUCCGUUCAUCCUUUAGUCUUUCGACAUCUCUAUUUAUUGGAACAGUUAAAUUUGAAAGAAAACCCAAUAAAAAGUUUUCCAGAUGACUUGUUGAAAGGUCUUUCGAACUUAAGAAUACUUUUUAUCUCUGGAAAAUUUUCUGAACUGCGCUCUGUAUUUUUGAAGGGACUCGACAAUCUGACAGAAUUUUGCGCUUCUAAUUUUCCUUUACUUCGAAUCGAAGAAGAUUUUUUUUUUCCAUUCCAUGAACUUAAGAAAGGUGGUUAUCAGUUCCAACGAAGUUUUGCAUCUCCCGUCCAAUCUGUCAAAAAUAAUAAAAAUCUGGAAAUUUUUGAAUACAGAUGGAACAAAUUAUCGACAGUACCAAAUGGUAUUUUCGAUGGACUUUCUAAACUCAAAAAAAUCGAUUUACACGAAAAUCGUCUAGAAAACAUUCCAGAGGAUUUUUUCCAAGGUUUGUCGAAUCUGGAAAAACUGGAUUUAUCAUAUAAUCGCCUGACAUUUUUACCUAAAAAUAUUUUUCUUCCAACGAGUAAUUUACGAAUUCUCGAUCUUUCUCAUAACAAUUUCAGUAAAAUUUCUUUUGACUUCAACAAUAAACUCGAAAGACUUGAUUUGAGAGAAGCGGGUUUGACGGAAUGGUCGAAUUUAAAUUGGACAAAAUACAACUUGACUUAUGUUGAUUUUUCAUGGAACCAUUUCGAAACUGUCAAAUUGCCGAUUUACACUCCGAACCGCAUGGAGAUAAAUUUGGAUUACUGUCGCAUAAAAACCAUUUACAUCGACGAAUGGAAAUACGGAUUCAACAAACCCAAUUAUAAAUUAAGUGAAAACCCAAUAACUUGUGAUGGAGAACUUUUGCAUUUCAUCGGCACGAUUGUUCGAUUGAACUUUCAAAUUUCAUUUCAAAUUUUUUCGGUUCUAAUAUUCAACAAAUGUCACGGAGAAGAAAGAAAAUUGCUAAAUUUUACGCAAUUCUUUGCCAUUAGAAGCCAUUGUCCAAUGAACUGCGACUGUUCUUCGAAAAACGACGACCUCAGAGUCGAUUGUAGUCGAAAGGAAAUAAAGAGAAUACCCGAAUUUCUGAUCGAAAAUGCGACAAUCGUCGACUUGAGUAAUAAUUAUAUUAAUGAAUUGUCGACUAUGGAUUAUCGAACAUGGAGCAAAGUCACUCGUCUUCACCUGAGUAACAAUUCUCUAUUGCAUUUUCCGGAUUGUUUUAUUUUGCCAAACAUCAAAUUUAUUUGGUUAGACGGAAACCGAUUAACCGAAUUGCCUUCCGGAUUAAUGAAUUUGAUCGACGUCUCUGCUGAAUUCACGGUGUACAGUACUUAUCGAGAAACAAUUGGACUUGUAAUUGCCAUUCGAGAUUUACUAAAGACUGGUUGCUUCGAAACAAAAGGAAGAUUGCAGAUUUCUCCGAUGUUUUAUGCACGAAAAAUUCGUCUGUUUUAUCUUUUACCAGAAUUAUUUCUAAGAAUCAAUGCACACAAAUCCCAGGUGUGUGUUCUGAAGAAGUUUCUUCUACUUUUGGAUGGAAAAUCGCAGUUGCAGUUCUUACUUUGUCAUACUUACUCUUUGGACGAGAUGAGGUGGGUUAUCUUCUUGCAAUUCCUAUUUCUAGUGGUUAAUUCCUGUCAAGAGUUUUGGCAACAUUGGGCGAAUGUUUCUUGCUCGUCAUCAGCAAUUAGCUGCCAUAAAUCAAAAAACCUUUCUUCUGUUGAAGUAUUCAACCAGUCUUUAUCCAUCAAUUGCGGCAAGGAAAGGAUUGACUUUCGUUUAAUGCGAUGCUUGAAUGUUAAAAAUGUACAAAAGAUAACAUUUAGAUAUUGUUAUCUGUCGGGGAUCGACUUUGGAAUAUUCACUUUCGGAUAUGGAAUCGAACACGUCCAGAUAUAUAACCAUUUCUCGCAUAAAAGAUACUUCGAAAGUGCAUCGUUUAAUAACAUGUCCUCUCUGCGAUCUGUCCAAAUACGGUAUGUGAGGUCGUCGGAACUUCUAAAUUUAACGUUUCACAAUGUUCCAUCGCUGACUUUAUUGAAAAUCGAAUGGUAUAACUUCUCUUUAUUUCCGAACAAACCUUUCCGAGAGAUAACUAAUUUAUCUGAAUUAUACAUCAUACGCGGUAAUUUAAGAGUUAUACCGGAAGAUCUAUUUUAUAAUCUUUACAGUUUGAAAAGACUGGACUUGCGUAUCAAUAGAAUUGAAUCGAUUCAUCCACUUGUCUUUAGAAAUCUCACCCGAUUGGAAUUUUUGGACUUAGGAAUUAAUCAAAUAAAGGAUUUGCCAGGUUACAUGUUGAAAGGUCUUUCAAAUCUAAAGACAUUUUAUAUUCAUGGAAAUCCUAGAUUAUCAGAAAUUCCGUCAGGAUCUUUCAUGAAACUGCACAACUUGACUGAAUUUGUAGCAAGGAGUUGUUCCUUUUCUUCAUUCGAAGAAGAUGUAUUUUUUGACUUAAGUAAUUUGAAAAUCGUCAAUUUAAAUUUUAAUAAAAUUGAACAUCUGUCGCCGAAUCUUCUGAGAAAUAACAAACUGCUGACAAAGUUUUCCUGUUCGAACAAUAAAAUAUCGACACUUCCAACAGAAAUUUUUCAUCGACUUUCUGAACUGCGAGUGUUAGAGUUGGAGUGAAACCAGUUAGAAAAUCUUCCUGAAGGUGUUUUUCAAAAUUUGUCGUCAUUACAGAUUCUCCAGUUAUCACAAAAUAAGCUUACAUUUUUACCCAAAAACAUUUUUUUUUCAUUGAAUAAUUUAACGAAUCUCGAUCUAGCUAAUAACGAUUUAACAGAAUUACCUUCCGGAUUAAUGAAUUUAAUCGACGUUUCUCCGAUAUUUAAAAUUUACUUAUCCAGAAACAAUUGGACUUGCGAGUGUCAUUCGCAAUUUACUAAAGACUGGUUGCUUAGAAACAAGCAGAAGAUUGCAGAUUUCUCCAAUACUUACUGCAGAAGAAAUUCCUCUUUUCUGUUAUUCGUCGAUAUUGUUUCCAAUGACGAAUGUAGAGAAAUUCCAGAAGAUAAUUUGACAUCUUCAGUAAAUGAUUCUUCUUUAAACGAAGGUUGUUUCGAUGAAGUUACUUCGGUUUUUGGAUGGAAAAUCGCAGUCUCUGUUCUUACUUCCCUAAUGUUAUUAGGCGUGAUUAUUGUUGUUUCCAUCGUUUAUUAUCGCAGAAGACGAAGUGACAAGAAAGAGCCAAAUACUCAUCAAGAAGAAGUGAUUAUUUACAAUGUUCACACUUGACAAAUUCUGUAAUUACGGCAAUUUAAGUGUAUCUACUUUAAUCAAUGUAACUAAUUUCUUGCAAUCAAUUGUUAUUAUUUUGCAUAUGUUACUAUAGAAAUGAACUUCAUUUAUUCAA